AUGGCUUUGGAGGAUCACUGUAAAGACAGUAAACUUUGCUCAAAGAUCCGAUGUCCCGUAUGCCCUUCGCUUAUUCUGUCUCCCGAUUCUGCCCAGUUACAUAAAGAAAUGAUCUCACUACCGAAAGUGCAGAAAGACGCGGGCGAAGAGCAGAUUGACAGUUGGUGGCUCGUCGAUGACAUGUUCACAUUUGACAACAUCGGUUUUAGCAAAGCUGCCACGGGAGGACUCAAGUACCUGACCUGUGCAGAUUGCGAGAUCGGACCUUUGGGCGUUCACGACCCAAGCGAUCCGAAGAAAUUCCUCAUCGCUGCUUCGCGAGUGCGUUACAACGAUAGCGCUACCUUCACUCCUAAUUGA